CUCGUGUGGACACACUCGCGCGAAAAAAAAUAAAUGGUGGACAGAACAAGCAACGGAGAAGGGGUGUGUAGUGCAGCAAAAGAAACGUUUAUGAAGUUGUUUUAAAUUUGUCAAGCCUUUCUUCAAUUAUUAAAGAAAAUCUCUGAUGCCUUUUGGCUGGAAAAAAUGGCCUCGAAGAACAGCGAAGCAAGUACCUCAACCCCUCUCGGACCAGAUAACGUAACCCAAGAGCCCUCGGUGUCGAUUGUUGCCGAUUUAAAAGACAGUCCGCAUUUUCAGUUGCUAGAACACGAAGUCACAGUAUUUGCUGAUUUGCAAGCAGAAGAUGGUCUUGUAAUAACUGGAAAAGGACUUGGUGUUGAAAGACUUCUUUUGAGUUUCAUAAGAAUUUAUUGUGAUCCAACUUUCCUUGUUCUUGUUCUCAACACAACUAAUGAAGAGGAGGAAUUUUUUAUGGAUGAACUAGAAGCUUGUAAUGUACCACAGCAGCCAAAAAUUAUUACAAAUGAAGUUGGAACAAAUGAACGAGUUUCAGUGUACAUGAAGGGUGGAGUCCUUUUUGUUACCUCCAGAAUUCUUGUUGUGGACAUACUCACUGAACGUCUUCCUACGCAUCUUGUUACUGGAAUAAUAGUUUACAGAGCACACAAAAUAGUUGAAUCUGGGCAAGAGGCCUUCAUUCUUCGGAUGUAUAGACAGAAAAACAAGACUGGUUUUAUCAAAGCAUUUUCCGAUUCUCCAACAUCAUUUACUUCCGGGUUUUUUCAAGUCGAAAGAGUGAUGCGAAACCUCUUCGUUCGAAAGCUUUUCCUUUGGCCAAGAUUUCACGCCUCUGUUGCCGACGCCCUUGAGAAAAAUAAGCCAGACGUGGUUGAGUUACAUGUGGAUCUCACUCCUUUAAUGACGUCAAUACAGAUGGCAGUUUUAGAUUUACUCGGAUGCUGUCUAAGAGAGCUAAGAAAAUCCUAUCAAUCGCUUGACCCUGAUGAAAUGACUGUUGAAAACUGCAUUGGGAAGAAUUUUGAUAAAUUUCUCAGAAGUCAAUUGGAUCCUGUUUGGCAUCAACUGAGCAGCAGAACAAAAAACUUGGUUUCUGACCUGAAGGUUUUAAGGACUCUUCUUGUGCAUCUAACGCAGUAUGAUGCUGUUACAUUCUAUGCGUUUCUGGAAUCAUUAAGGGCAAGUGAGAAAAACUCGACAAACCCAAGCCUAUGGCUUUUUUUGGAUGCAGCAAACAAUUUAUUCGUUAAUGCAAGAGCUCGAAUAUUUGGGAUAACGAAAAAGAACGAAGGACCUGGGAGUAAAAGAUCAACGGAGCGACCUUCUGAAAUCGAAGAAAGUCCUAAGUGGAAAGUGUUGUCAGAAAUACUCGAGGAAAUUAAAUCAUCCUCUGCAACUGCAGGUAUUGAAGGCCCAACCCUUGUUGUUGCGAAUGACGAGAGGACAUGCAACCAGCUUAAAGAGUACAUUUCAGGUGGCGGGAAAAGGCUACUGGAUAAGAUAUACGAGAGGACAUUUGGGAAAAAAGACGACGAAGGACCUCCAAUUGCCAAGAAUGGAAGAUUCGGAAAGAAACGACCAGAAAAGAAUAGCAGCGAGCAAAGCGAAAAAUUUCAACUGAAAAUUUUGCCCGAUACUUAUACAAUUAUUCAUCCUUUGAGAGGGAACAGCGAUCCAUACAGUCUGAUGAAAACUCUCACGGAAAUGGAGCCUCGUUAUAUUGUUAUGUAUGAUGCUGGCAUGGAAUUUGUCCGCCAAGUCGAGGUUUACGCGGCAUCAAGGCCUGGAGUUCAGCUGCGAGUCUAUUUCAUUAUUUACUCUGACUCUGUGGAGGAGCAGCGUUACCUUACAACUCUACGAGAAGAAAAAGAGGCUUUCGAAAUGCUGAUUAGACAAAAAGCUGCUAUGGUUGUUCCGGAAGAGCGGGACGGAAAAUCUGAUAUCGCCAGUGAACUUCUUCGAGAUUCCUCUAAAGCUGCUGAUGCAGUCAGUUCCAGGAAAGCAGGCGGAAGAAAGGAUGACAAACCACUGCAAAGAAAAAUAAUUGUCGAUAUGCGCGAAUUUCGAAGCGAACUUCCCUCUUUGAUUCAUAAGCGAGGGAUUGACAUAGAACCAGUAACUCUUGAGGUUGGUGACUAUAUACUGUCACCAGACAUGUGCGUUGAAAGGAAAAGUCUUUCUGAUCUAAUUGGCUCCUUGAACAGUGGAAGACUAUAUAAUCAAGCAUUAGCAAUGACUCGUUUUUACAACCGACCUAUAUUGCUUAUUGAAUUUGAUCAAAACAAGUCAUUUUCCUUACAGUCAAAAUCAUCGUUGGGAAACGAAUUAUCAAUACAAAAUGUGACAUCAAAACUCGCGUUACUCACUCUGCAUUUCCCAAAGCUUAGAAUUAUUUGGACACAAAGCCCGUAUGCAACAGCAGAGAUAUUUGAAGACUUAAAGUCAAAUUAUCCUGAUCCUGAUAGUGAAACAGCAAUGGCUCUUGGUUUGGAUUCAGAUGAGGUUGCUUCAAAUUUGAAAUACAAUAUUAGGUCUCAGGAUUUUCUUUGCAAAAUGGCAGGUAUAAAUUCCAAGAACUACAGGUUGAUACUCAAUAAAGUGAAAGACAUUACAGAACUUGUUAGCCUAGAGGAGGAAACAUUAGCUGCAAUUCUAGGAAAUUCACAAAAUGCCAAACUUUUAUAUGACUUCAUUCAUAGGGAGUAGGGAAAAAAUAUUCAGAAUGAAAUAUGUAAUAUAAAUAUUUGUAGUGCUAUGAAGUUGACAUGAUUUUUAAGACAUCUGUCUGUAUAUUAAAAUAGGUUUGUGUAGGAAGAA